CACACUGCCUCUCCCCUACUAAAAACCUACUCACUCUAUCCACUUCUACCACCACUCUGCUUUCUAGAUAAACCCUCUUCUCCUCCGCCAACUACCCCAUCUUCAGCUCAGCAGCGAAGACCCUUUUCUUCUUCACUCUCAAUACAUCUUCCGGUUUAAGGAGUAAAUGGCAUCGACUUUUGCUGGCAUGUCAUCAGUUGGUUCAUUGGCUGCCCCUGGCAGCAGGGUGAUGGAUGAUAAAAUUGCGGCUUCAUCGAGCAAGUUGUCAUCUCUUGCUUCUAUAUCUUCUAGUUCACUUGGGAGGAGAAAGAAUGUUGUUCUCCGGAAAACACGUUCUUCUCAAAUAACAGCAGCUGCAAAGGAUCUUUAUUUCAACAAGGAUGGCUCAGCUAUAAAGAGACUUCAGAGUGGAGUUAACAAGCUUGCAGACAUAGUUGGUGUUACCCUUGGACCCAAGGGAAGAAAUGUGGUUCUUGAGAGCAAGUAUGGUUCCCCAAAAAUUGUUAAUGACGGAGUAACUGUGGCCAAAGAGGUUGAGCUGGAGGAUCCAGUUGAGAACAUCGGUGCUAAAUUGGUGAGACAAGCAGCUGCAAAGACUAAUGACUUGGCUGGUGAUGGAACAACAACAUCGGUUGUUCUUGCACAAGGUCUUAUUGCUGAAGGUGUUAAGGUGGUAGCAGCUGGAGCAAAUCCUGUUCUUAUCACUAGAGGAAUUGAAAAGACCACCAAAGCUUUAGUAUCUGAGCUGAAGUCAAUCUCAAAAGAGGUGGAGGACAGUGAACUAGCAGAUGUUGCUGCAGUAAGUGCAGGGAAUAACUAUGAGGUUGGAAAUAUGAUAGCUGAGGCUUUGAGCAAAGUUGGUAGGAAAGGUGUUGUGACUCUUGAAGAGGGCAAAAGUGCAGAAAACUUCCUUUAUGUUGUUGAAGGAAUGCAGUUUGAUCGUGGCUAUAUUUCUCCAUAUUUUGUGACUGAUAGUGAGAAAAUGUCUGUGGAAUAUGAGAACUGCAAGUUGUUGCUGGUUGACAAGAAAAUUACCAAUGCAAGAGACCUGAUCAACAUUUUGGAAGAUGCUGUAAGAGGUGGUUAUCCUGUUCUGAUAAUCGCUGAAGAUAUCGAGCAAGAAGCUCUAGGAACUCUUGUUGUGAACAAGCUAAGGGGAGCACUGAAAGUUGCUGCUCUCAAAGCUCCUGGAUUUGGUGAAAGGAAGAGUCAGUAUCUUGAUGACAUUGCCAUUUUGACUGGAGGAACUGUGAUCAGGGAGGAAAUCGGGCUAACUUUGGACAAGGCUGACAAGGGAGUUUUGGGGCAUGCUGCCAAGGUGGUGUUGACUAAGGACAGCACAACGAUAGUCGGUGAUGGAAGCACUCAGGAAGCUGUCAACAAACGUGUUGCUCAGAUAAGAAACCUUAUUGAGGCGGCAGAGCAAGACUAUGAAAAGGAAAAACUGAAUGAAAGAAUUGCAAAACUAUCAGGAGGUGUUGCAGUGAUCCAGGUUGGAGCACAAACUGAGACAGAGCUGAAGGAAAAGAAGCUUAGAGUAGAAGAUGCACUCAAUGCCACUAAGGCAGCUGUUGAGGAAGGAAUUGUUGUUGGAGGUGGAUGUACUUUAUUGAGGCUUGCAUCAAAGGUUGAUGCUAUCAAAGAAACCCUUGAAAAUGACGAGGAGAAGGUUGGAGCAGACAUUGUCAAGAGAGCUUUGAGUUAUCCAUUGAAGUUGAUAGCCAAGAAUGCUGGUGUCAACGGAAGUGUCGUUAGUGAAAAGGUGCUGUCAAGUGACAAUCCAAAAUAUGGUUACAAUGCUGCCACUGGACAGUAUGAAGAUCUCAUGGCUGCUGGAAUAAUAGAUCCAACUAAGGUGGUGAGAUGUUGCUUGGAACAUGCAGCUUCUGUGGCAAAGACAUUUUUGAUGUCAGACUGCGUGGUUGUCGAGAUUAAGGAGCCCGAACCAGUUGUGGCAGGAACCCCAAUGGACAAUUCAGGGUACGGUUACUAAGGGAGCUGAUGAGUCCCGGGUUUGUCCCUGAUCUCAACAAAAUAGACACUUGAAUUUUGUGAAUUAGUUGAUUCAAAAUGUAGGUGAGCGGGAAAGAGAGUAGAUUAUUAUCCAGCAAGAUAGAGGAGCUUGGCUGGAUACGGCUUGUUUGAACCUACAAAUUCUUCAAACGUGUAACUGCAGCGACAUGCUAAAUAAUUGAAUGAAAAAAGUUUGAUUCUGUGGUGUAUUAAAAA